AUGUGGUUGUGUUACCUAUUUUGUUUCCUAUGUGUGUUUAGUAGCAGCUCACCGCUCAGUCCAACUAAGGAUGAUCUCGUGAUUUCACAAGGAUCUUUUCGUGGACCAUCUCAUCAUGUCAAAAGGGAGAUUUUACCCUGUGAAGACUGCGGUUGUGGAGAACGUAAUGAGGAGCCUCGAGUUGUUGGUGGUAUGGAAUCUAAUGUGAACUCCUUCCCGUGGCUCGGUCGUCUCAUCUAUGUGAAGGCCUUCGGUUGUGCUGCAUCCCUCAUCAAUGACAGAUUCGUUAUUUCUGCUGCACAUUGUGUGAAAGGGUUCAUGUGGUUCUUGUUCCGCGUUAAGUUCGGUGAACACGACCGUUGUGACAAGAACCAGCAAGCCUUAAUGACUCGCUACCUGGUGAAGAUCAUCGCUCACAACUUCACCCUGUCAGACCUUAGCAAUGACAUCGCACUGCUGAUGCUGAACAAGCCUGUCGAGUACUCCUAUGCUGUCAGACCUGUGUGCCUACCUACGACUGAUAACAAUUCAUACACGAGUAAGACAGCGAUAGUAGCGGGAUGGGGAGCAAUGAACGAGACAGGCAAGUGGUCGUGCACGGUGCGGGAGGCAGAGCUGCCGGUGUUAAGCAAUGAGGCCUGUCGCAACACUAAUUACAAUGCCACCAAGAUCAAGGAGGUCAUGAUGUGCGCUGGAUUCCCUGAGACCGCGCAUAAGGAUGCUUGUACUGGUGACAGUGGAGGACCAUUGAUUACAGAGAAUGAAGAUCACAUGUACGAUUUAAUAGGUGUAGUAUCAUGGGGAUAUGGAUGUGCCAGGAAAGGUUAUCCAGGAGUAUACACGAGGGUCACGAAGUACUUAGACUGGAUCAGAGACAACACACAAGAGGGGUGUUACUGCAAAUAUUGA